CAAACUUAUUAUUAUACCUAUUCUUUCUUAUCAUGGCUUCUGUUACAAGAUCUAUUGUUAAAUCAGUCCUCUCUCGUGAACAAAUGGACGGUGUUGGUGCAAGAGUUUAUCGUUCUAUUGGUACCCAAGCUCUACGCAAUUUGGAUCCUUUCUUAAUGUUGGAUGAAUUCGAUGUUGAACCUCCUGCAGGGUUCCCUUUACACCCUCACAGAGGAUUUGAAACUGUUACUUACCUAUUGGAUGGGAAAUUCCAGCAUGAAGAUUUUAAAGGACAUCGUGGACUUCUUACACCAGGUUGUUUACAAUGGAUGACAGCUGGACGAGGCAUUGUUCAUGCAGAAUUACCAGUGAAGGGUCAAACCGAAAGGGCACAUGGAUUACAACUAUGGGUGAAUUUGGCAAGCAAAGACAAGAUGAUUGAACCAAGUUAUCAAGAAUUUCCUGCUGACAAAGUUGUAAGUGUCUCACCAACACCAGGUUUGGAUAUCAAAGUUAUUGCAGGUGAAUCUUAUGGUACCAAAAGUCCAGUCUUUACUCGUACACCUACUAUGUUUAUUGAUGUCAAGAUGGCCAAGAAAGGACUCACUAUGGAACAAUCCAUUCCUGCCGAUUUCCGAGGUUUUAUCUAUACAUUAGAAGGAAAGGCUUCUUUUGGAGGUUCCAAACAUGUUGCUGAUGCUCAUCAUACUCUUGUACUCAGUGAUGAAGGUACCACUAUUCCUGUAGAAGCACUCUCUGACAACUGUCACUUUGUUAUUAUUGCUGGUCGACCUCUCAACGAACCUAUCGUACAAUAUGGUCCAUUUGUCAUGAAUACAAAAGAAGAAAUCUAUCAAGCUUUUGCUGAUUAUGAAAGAGGUCAAAAUGGUUUUGAAGGUGCAAACGAAUUUGUAUCUGAAAUUGAAAAGGAUUGGAAAAAUUAGAUGAUUCUUUGUCUAUCUCGUUUUGGUUGGAUGGUUCAUAUAGUAUAUAGUAUUAUUUUUAUUGUAUUUUUA